GCGACGCUCACUUUCAAAAUCAGCCGCCGCCAGAAGACCACGCUCUCUCACGCUGCGAAGGCCCCCCAGCUACACACAGUCCAACGGCGCCGAGUGUCGCUGCAUUUGCACUAAUCUGCAUUAAUUCGCACAAAUUAAAAUCAAAACUGAUUGACGCACAAAGCAAACAAGUCAAGCAAACAGAAAAAAAACUAAAUUAAAUUCGUGCGUCUGUUGAUCAUCAACGGUUUCAUUGAGAACUGCUAGAUACAAUCGCAAACAAUUAAGUAACAUGCGUGGCUAUCCGAAAAUGAAAAUCUUCUGCGCUGUCUUCUGUCUGAUGGUUGUCAUUGCCGAAGUGGCGCAUUCAGCGCCAUCUUAUGGAGACUAUGAAAACAGCAUCAGAGACCUCUAUGAAUUACUGAUGCAGAAAGAGGCGUUGGAGGAGCGGCUCGGCGCUCACCAGAUGGUGCGCAAGGCUGGCAGGUCGCCAUCUUUACGAUUGCGAUUUGGAAGACGCUCGGAUCCAAGCAUGCUUCCUGCUGGUCCUUUCAUGUAUCAAGCUGGAGCAGCGCAAGAUGCCGACCGGACUGUUGGAGACAACUAAAUAAAUUUUUAUCUGCUAUCCCUUAAAGUCUCUCUUACUGUCUGUCUCGUCCUCGACCACCCCCAAAAAUGUACAUCCUUGCAAUUCUGACUUUUCCUUCUCAUCGAACGCGAACGUGAAUGCAAAGCAAACUUGGAACGAGCGAGACGCCAACAUCACCCAUGGAAAACUUGUGAACGUCUUAUAUUAUCUAAAAACUAAACUGGAAUUCAUAUUAAAUUAAAUAUUUAACAUUUUUAGACGGAUAGAUACCCGAAAUCAAUGUCAAAUAAUCAAAUUAAUUCUUUAUUACCUAAAAACGCGCUAUUCUACUGAGCUGUGAAGCAAACAAAGCACAUAUCCGAUGUUGGUUUGAUUAAUAUUACGAUAUUUCAGUUGACACUUUGUUAAAUUUAUAAAAUAAGCAAUUAUUAGCUGAAUAUUCACUGACAGUUCUUACUUUACACGUUCAUUUACGCACUUGUUGAUUAUUUGGCAGGAGACUGAUGCAAACGAUUAUAUUUUGUUUACAAAAUGCUAAUAAACAAGUAUAAUGAGUAGAAGCUAAGAUAGGAAUGUAUUUUAACAAAGAAUGAGGAAAAAAGUUGAAAAAAACAUUAAAAUUGGGCGAAUGACAAACCUAAGCGCUACCUUCCGGCAAAAUUGUGUACUUGUAUAACCUCUACUGUGUAAAACAACCAGUGUUAGAGACAUGUAGCACCCAUUUCUUAUAUUAAUCUUUAUUGUGACACUGCACACUUGCAAAGGGCGAAUACGAGGCUGGUGGCGAUGCAAAUCGCCAUGUUAAACGCAUGCGUAAUUAUUAAUUAGUUAGUUAACAUAAAUUUGAUUACUGUCAAAAUAUCAAAUGUGUAUCUUAUCGACUAUAUUCUAAUGUACUUAAACGAGCAUUACAAUUGUAAAAUUAAUGUAGCAACCAGAAAAUAAAUAAAGUAUAUAAUUUAUGUGCAA